AUGUCAGCCCAACAAUCUCCCGAAGAUAAUCAAUUAGAAUUAAUCGAAAAUAAAUUGCCGAUUAUAAAAUGGUUUGAUGAUUUGACAAACUUGUUAAACUUACUUGAAUAUACUCGCGACUCAAAUAAUUCCAUCAUCCAAAACAGGGAAACCAUAAAUUCAGAAAUUUGGCUUAAAAUUAGUAAAUUCGUGGAAAAUUAUGAUGUAAAAGAACUUAAUUUCAAUACUCUUUCGUUAGAUCCCUCCUUUUUAUUUAAAUUUGCAUCUAAGACUCCACUUUACAUUGAUAAUGAGUUAAAAACAAAAGCUUUUUCGUCUUCCCCACUGAUACUUGAAAAUUCUGUAAAAUAUUUACAAUCAUCAUCAAAGCAAAAAUUAUUCAAUAAAUAUACAGAAGAGACGGAAGAGACUCCUAUUGUGUCUGUUUUAUCUACAAGUAAAAGUUCAGAAACAAAAAGAAAAUCCGAAAAACCAUUGAGCAAAAGUAACAAACGAACUAAGAAAUAUGCAAAACGAUCUGAAAUUGAGGGAACUUCUAUAAUGACUUACCCAGUAAAAGAUAAUUCCCACACUACCCUGAUUUGGAAAUGCAAAAAAACUAAUGAUGAUUCUCAAAUCCAAACUCAACAACAACAAUAUAUGCCAACAAAUGAUUAUCCAUGGACGAAUAAUACUUCAAGUUUUUCUAUUUCUCCUCAGCAUAAUGUUAAUUAUCGCCAACAAGAAAUAUUUACAAUCCAAGAAAUACCAACAAUCCCAAAUUUUCAACAAGUAACAAUCCCAAAUAUUCAAGAAAUACCAACAAUCCCAAAUUUUCAAGAUCACAAUUUUUUUUAUAAUGCUUCUUUCCCAGGAACAAAUUUGAGUAACACAACCACUGAAGUUGAUAAUUUGGAAGAAAAUUUAACAAUAAAUUCUCGAAUAGAAAAUCCUAAUAUUGGAAAUAUUGAAAUAAGACAUUUAUUGAAUUCGGAUCAACUUUUCAUAAGUGAAGAACAUGCAAGCAAACCCAAAGAAUCAUUCAAUACUGAUAUAAAAAGCUUUUCAAACGAAAAUGAACUCGAAUCUGUUUCUAAGCACAAUUAUGGUAAUGACACACAGUAUAAUUUACAUGAAAUAACUGAAAUGCCCUCAACUAUUAAAGUGAAUUUGUCAUCUGAGAAAUUGGUUAAUGACAACAUCUGUCAACCAAUUGAAUCCUUCUUUUUAACAAACGAGGACCAGAAAAAUUUUUUAAAGAAUCAAGCUGAUAUUAACAUUAAUGAUUCAUUCAAUUGCAUUAAAUUCAACAAACCCCAAAUCAAAAUUAAUAAUGAGGCAAAUAUUUGGAGCGAAUCAUUUGGUUCAAAUAUCUCAAAUUUUAUUUCCAUAGAAUCAAAUGUAUACUUUGGAACUUCAUCUGCUUCACACGCUAAAGUUGAAAAACUAAUUAAAUUACUUAUAAACAAAAAAAAUGAAAUUGACAAAAUCUUAGAAUCACAACCUGCAUUUAUUAUAGCACCUGACUUUCAAAAAAGUUCCUCUAUGCCAAAUAUUUCCUAUAGGACUUCUGAACGUCUUGAUAAAUCAAUUCUAAAAAAGCUUGAAGAAUUAUUUGAUGAUGAAUAUGAAAUUGUGGUAAUACCUAUAGAUGAAGAAAUAGUUGCUAAAUCAUCAAAUGCUUUUCAAGAUUUUAAUAUUUCUGCUUAUCUCCAGGCAAAGGUUUAUCCUCUUCAUGAUAAAAGAAAUAAUUUAGAAUUCUCUAUAGAUGUAAAUAAUUGUGGAAUGGGACCAAUGCUUAGUGAAAAUUGGCCAUCACUUCGUAAACUAGGUUCUGGUUAUUUUCUUGACUCCGUUGAAAUUAAGGUUGUUCCAAUUUCAAAUACAUCUAUGUCAGACAAUCCCAAAUACAAAAUAAAAGAUGGUCCAUGGCCACAGCAACCAAAUAGAGCAAUUUACAUGUCUGAAAUUAAUGAAAAUAGUCGUGGAAUCGGCAUCAAUACAUCAUUUAGUAGUGAUCCCGGGAUUGGAUUAAACCAUGUUAGAAGAAAUGAGCAAGGUUUCAAUUUUAUAAAAAAAGAAUGGGAACGGACUGUUACAUAUGGUUGUGAGACUGGAUUAUGCUGGAAAUACCAAUAUACUGCUGAUAGCUUUCAAAAGAAUUUAAACUACAGAAGUUGCUUUGCUCCUGGAAAACAUUCCUGCCAUUGGGAAACCUUAGAUGCAAUGAGUGGAUUUCGUAUUACUAUUAUUCAGGCAUUACGUUGCGAUAUUACUGAUGGCUGGCGGCGGAAGUUAAAACCAAAUAUAAAAUCAAAAUUGAUGAAAUUAUGUCCCAAAAUGGCUCAUACUCUUGAAAUAUCUUUCAACAGUUUUGAAAAUUUUAAUGAAAAUUUUAAAAAUCUUAAAAAUUAUCAAAAAUUUCAUGAAGAUCGUCUUAAAGUUACUGUAGCAAAAAAUGCCUCACCUCAAAUAGAAAAUCAAAAAAUUCAAACAUUGGAAAUAUCAACAUUGAGCGUUCAAUUAAAAUGCCUUAUUUCAAAUGAUAAAUGUUGA